ACUGUGACGGUCAUUGGUUGGCAUGACGUCAUGGCCCAUAAUUGCCCGGCACUGCGGGGUAUGAGGGAAUUACUGUUCGGUCACAUUGACAAUCACAUGCUCGAGUAUCCGUAGAUCAACAGUUUCUGCAAGCAAUUGAAUUGGGCCACCAUAUGCAAGAAAUCCCAAGCUGCCCAGGGAUUUAUAUCGCCAGAUGUACCAGCGAGCUUAAUUGCUGGCUUCUGAUUUCCAACGACAUGGAUAUCGACAUGGAUACCGAUAGUGUAUGGGUUAAUCUUGUUCCAGGCCUUGAGCGGGAGCUUCAGGUUGGUGACGUAUGUCGAAGCCGCACUCUACAGAAUAAGCUUUCGAAAGACUCCGAUAUACAACCCAUCGACGAAAAGCAUAUAGCCUAUCUUGGUAGGCUGAUUGAGGAAUGCAAUGCCAAGGAAGUUUUUGGAAUACAUCUCGGACAUAAACAUUUCGACUUGCGAGAAGGGACAUACCUGGCCGGCGGGCUUGAUACUGAUGAUAACCGACAAUAUUAUUGGACCAGAGCCGUUGAAAACGACGGCUUUGACCCUAGCAAACUUUGUGGUCAUAUAUUCAUAUAUGAUAGAGAGGAAGGAUUUGGCCCUUCAGAAUUUCAUCAAGGGUCGCUGCCUGAUUUGUCCACAGUGGAUCGAAGACUGUUCCCGACGUUUGGCAGGUACCUUACCAAGCAUAUGCUUGAGCAUAACAUUGCGCUGGAGUACCUGAUUCCCGAACUCCGCGGAAGGGACAUGUUCGAGUUGGUUCUCCACGAGCAGCAGCACAUACUACUAUGCGAACCGGAAAUAGUAUUACCUAGUCUGGGGGAUUCAGUUGUGACGGCAUACUCGUACGUUGAAUCAGGGGUUGCAUUUGGACCAGGUACAAGAUAUAUUACUCCCCCAGGAACCAACAAACAUAUAACAUUUAAUCCGGACGACCUAAUCGAGCUUAAGGAGGUUAUAGAUGUAUUCAGAAAGCUUGAGUUCUUGGGCAUCUGAAUCCGACUCGGGUUCCAGGUUGUCGGAUCAAGUAGUCCCCUGCUUCUCCUUUCACGCAUAACAUAACAAAGCAAUCCCCUCCAUGAAUAGGUACUGUCACGUCUAUAGCAGGGACAAUCAAAUCUAGCUGCAUGUUCACUAGACCCUUGAUGGCGCUGGGGUGCACCGUAUAGAUAUCUGCCUCCGGACGUGCUAACCAUGAUGAUCCUUGAAAUCUGUUAGCACACGAAGUUUAUGAAUGGGCUCAUACGACCUGCGACAGCGGAAAUGUCGGCCGUUUGUGGCUCGGGAAUGUCAGUCGUCUGAGGCUCGGUAGUGUCGUUAGAUUUAUAUUUCCGCUUUUUUCUUUGGCUCUUGGCUAUAGCUGUCUUGCUGCAAGCAGCCUCGAACUUAGACAUUUCUUCUAAAUCAUUAUUGGUAAUCGUUCGCAUGUGCGAUAUGAUGAUAGCCUACCUAUUCCCCAGAAUUUGAUUCCU